GUUUUGCAACACUGCACACACACACACCGCACACACAGCAUCAAUAUUUUUGUGGAUUCAUCUCACACAAAAAGUUUUUUUUUGUUGCAAAUUUUAGGCGAAUUCUUGUUGUUUAUUUUGCUGCCAUGCAGCGCACAACACAAGAACAGAAGCACUUGAAGCUGCAACAGCAGCAACAACACGCAGAGCAGCAGCAUCAUCAUCACCAUCAUCAUCACCAACAACAGCAGCAGCACCAGCAACAACAGCAGCACAAUAGCAAUAAUAGCAACAAUAGCAAUGGUAUUCGCAUCGCUGGCAGCAACAAUACAACGACCACGCCCACAACAACAACCAGUGGCGCCCAUGGAAUAACACCACCGCGCACACUGGCAUUGAAUCAAAAUUAUGCUGCCUCUGACACAUCAGGUGAACAUGAAGGCGACACCGAUUAUCCGGACUCACGUUAUGAGUGCGCCAUUUGCAUCGAUUGGCUCAAUGAGCCGGUGCUGACAUCGUGCGGCCAUCGCUUCUGCAAGAGCUGCCUUAGCGAUUGGCUAGAGAAUCACAAUCAAUGUUGUCCACUGGACAACAAACAACUCUCCACGGACCAGGACAUCUUCCCCGACAAUUAUACGCGUCGUGAGAUCGAGCAACUGAAGCACAAAUGCCCCAAUUCCCCGCACGGCUGUGCGGUCAUCGCCUCACCCAUUGAGCUGCAUCGCCACUUGCCCAGUUGUCCAUAUCGACGCCAGCAGCAGCAGCAGCCGCUGGAGGAGAAAUGCCCGUUUGCUAGCAUCAAGUGCGACUUUGUAGGACGACCGGAGACAAAUCAGCUGGAGGAGCAUCUGAAGACCGAUAUGCCAUUGCACAUGCAACUCAUGUUGCAGGCAUUCCAGCAAACUGCGAUUGCCAGCUGGCAGCCGCACAAACCAUCGUCCAGCCUGGAGAAUGGACACAAGCAUGAUGCGGCUGCGGCUGCUGCUGCCGGACAAUUGCCGCCGCCGCCGCAAUAUGCGAACAACGGUGUGGACGAGCAGAUUGUGCAGACAAUGUAUCAGCGCAUUGUGGUGCUGGAGCAGCGCACACGGGAGCAGGAGACACGCAUCGAGAAUCUGCAGAAGCAGCUGCGACAUCAGCAAUCCCAAGUGGAUGCACGCUACAGCAAUGGCACCAUUGUGUGGCAACUGGAGCAGCUGAGUGCUCUCGUCGAACGUUUGCGUGCCAAUGCCAACAAUCAGGUGUAUUCACACGAAUGCUAUACGUCGCCAUACGGCUACAAGUUUUGUGCCCGGCUCAACAUACAGCCGAGUAAGCCGCAGGUGUUGAGUUUGCAUGUGCAUCUGAUGCAAUCGGAGAAUGAUUUCCAUUUGGAUUGGCCAUUCAAGGGACGGAUUAAGCUGUGCAUGGUGCAUCCGGCGGAUGCGAAUCUAUCGCAACACGACACGAUCAUGACCAAGCCGAAGAUUCGCGCAUUCCAUCAGCCGCACGAAGCGAUUAGCACUCGAGGAUUUGGAUUCUUGGAGUAUGCCAACAUAUCGAACAUUAUGCACUUGGGCUUCUGUGCCGACGAUCGAUUGCUCAUCAAGAUCGAGAUCAACAUUGUCUAACCGCAACAACAGUAAUAAUAUUAAUAGUUGUAGUAGUAGUAGGCGCAUAUAUAUUAUAUUUGUAUAUUUUAUAGUACAUCUAGAAUUAGAAAAAAUUCAAAAGAUACGAGAGAGAGAGAGAAUGAGGAAAAGAACGUAUUUAGUCACUAAACCACAUCACAGCCAAGCAAUUUUUAUAUAGUAUACAGAUAUACACACAUAAUAUAUACAGCGAUCUAUUACAACGAUUACAAUUCGAAUCAGGCAAUUUUUGAAAUAUAUUUACAAGCGCUUCACUCUCCUCAAUUCCAUUACAAAUUGGCUAUACUCAAUUUAUGUCUAGAAUACUAUUAUAUUAUAUUAAUCUACUAUCAUUCCGUCGUAUAUCCUGUGUCCUAGUCUCAUAAUGUACUUAACAUUCCAACACACGCAAAAACUUCCAUUUUGUUGUAUUUUCUUUUUUUUUAUUGUUUUAAGCUUAUUUUUUUGUUUUUAUUUUUGUAACUGUGAAGCAGUAUCAUAUAUAUAUACAUAUAUAGAAAUAAUUAUACAUACGUAUUUGUAGCAUAGCGAGCGCCGCACAAAAAUUGAAUAAAGGACACUUUUGUACCGACA